UUAGACCUUAUUACAGCUACCACCUGCUAUGGUGGAAGAAGGUGAGGAAGUUCAAAGUCAGGAAACAGAAUUGGAAACAGAAGAAGAGGGCAUGCUUGCUCAAGCUGACAUGCCCAGUCUAACAGACGCCAGCUUCAGUCAAGAAACGUUAGCCUCUCAGACUGAGCCUGCCUCCAGUCAGACUGCACCCGCCUCCAAUCAGACUGUGCCCACCGCCAAUCAGACUGCGCUCGCCUCCAAUCAGACUGCAUCCUCCUCCAAUCAGACUGCGCCCACCGCCAAUCAGACUGAGCUCACCCCCAAUCAGACAGGAGCUAGUUCCAAUCCGGAAGCCAUCUCUGUUCUAUCUGAGAUCCCUGCUGCUGUGGCAGGACCUGAGGCUAAUACUCAUCAAGAUGCCACAUCUGCCCCAGAGGCGACCAAGUAGCCAAAUGGUAGCCUUUUUUAGGACAUUUCAUUCAUAAAGUCUAAUUAAAUAAAGCUAGUUUUUGUAUUUUAUAUUUGCUUUUGCCAUUUUAAAGGUGAUAAUUAAUGUUCAGUCCUUAUUUUUGUUAACUGAUUUCAAUGUUCUUGGAUAUAUUUUUUAAAUGUAUGUGUAUGAACAACUCUGGUUUCAUUUGUUCAAACAGAAGGGCAGAUAAUCAUUCCUUUGAUAUUUCUAUUAACUGAAUGUAUCUUUAAUCAUACCUACAUUAAAAGAAUUUUCUAUAGAAUGUAUAAAACAUACUUUACAUUUUUAGUGAACUUCUCUAAAGAAAAGGACAGAAUACACUGGAACUAACCAUAAAUACCCUUAAGCAAGUGUUGAAAUUGGGGAAGAAAUAGUUUCUUCUAUCAUAAUAUGAGAGGCUCAAGUUGUGUUUCCUUUUUUUUUUAAACCAUUCUUUGCUGUCUUCCUUGAUGUAAAGGCAUUAACAACCGUAAGAUGUAGGUUUCUCAAGUCCAUCAAAGAGGUAACGUGUUUCCUUCACCAAAAUUUCCCAAUGUGUCAGAAUCACCUAGGGCAUCUGUUUCUUUUGGGGGCCACUCUAGACCUAAUGACUCAGAAUCUCGGGUUUAGUGCCCAGGAAUCUGUACUUUAA